UCUCACAAGAUGGCGGCCCUCCUUUGGCUGACGCUUUGCGGGUCAGCGACGUUAACGCUGCUGCUGCUGCUGCUUCUCCUGUUACUAUGGCAACGGCAGCGGCCUGCUGGUUCCGAGGACCGCGUGGCGGUGGUGGUGCUGGGCGACCUGGGCCGCAGCCCCCGCAUGCAGUACCACGCCCUGUCGCUGGCCCAGCGCGGCCGCCGCGUCGACUUUAUCGGGUACCCGGGCACAAAGCCACACAGUGAGAUUAUACGUAAUGGAAACAUACAGAUUGUUCAUAUCUCUGAGCUCAAAAUCUGGCAAGUUGGGCCAAAGAUGUUCCAGUAUAUCGCAAAAGUCAUUUUACAGAGCAUCCAACUAUUGUAUACAAUGCUGAGAAUAGCUAAACCAAACUAUGUACUUCUCCAGAAUCCUCCAGGUCUGCCCAGCAUAGCUGUUACCUGGGUGGCUUGUCUUCUAAGAAGCAGUAAGCUCAUCAUCGAUUGGCACAACUAUGGCUAUACCAUAAUGAGCCUCACCCAUGGAAAGAGGCACCCUAUUGUCCGAAUUGCUAAGUGGUAUGAAGAAUUCUUUGGGCGUCUGUCUGACUAUAACAUUUGUGUGACUAACUCAAUGAAAGAAGAUCUUCUGGUGAACUGUAACAUCAGAGCGACAACCCUCUAUGACAAGCCAGCUUCUUUCUUCAAGGAAACGCCAUUGAUUGAUCAGCAUAAGUUGUUCAUGAAACUAGCCAAAGAAUAUGCUCCAUUUAAAGGCCAGCUUGUAGCAGAGUCCAGCCUCCCAGGUGAUGUUGAGAAAACUGCCUUUACACAACUAGACACCAGGAGCGGAAACGUGUUGCACUGCAUGGGUCGGCCAGCUCUCCUCAUCAGCAGCACCAGCUGGACAGAAGAUGAAGAUUUUUCCAUCCUAUUAAGAGCUUUAGAAGAAUAUGAACGCUAUCUCAACGAUGGAGCAAAGCUUCCUCCUCUUGUGUGUGUGAUAACAGGCAAAGGGCCUCUGAAGGAGUAUUACAACAAGCUGAUUGCAGAGCUGCAUUUCAAGCAUAUCCAGAUCUGUACUCCCUGGCUGGAAGCAGAGGAUUACCCCCUUCUGCUUGGCUCAGCUGAUUUGGGUGUCUGUCUUCAUAUGUCCUCCAGUGGCUUGGAUCUACCUAUGAAGGUCGUGGACAUGUUUGGCUGCUGCUUGCCUGUGUGUGCAGUGCACUUCCAGUGUAUACAUGAACUUGUGAAGCAUGAAGUAAAUGGUUUGGUGUUCCGGGACUCAAGUGAACUUGCAGAGCAACUGAAGAUGCUUUUCUUGGAUUAUUCUUCUGUAGAAGGCAAGCUCAAUUUAUUCCGAAGGAAUCUUCGCACAACCAAGCAGCUGCGGUGGGAUGAAAGUUGGGAGCAGGCAGUGCUUCCUCUUUUUAGCAGCAGUUAAGCUGAUACGACUUCAAAGUUAAUUUAUAACUUGCACAUUCUCAAAAUCUGUAACACCACAAGCGUGUUUGCAUAUCAAAAAUUAUUUUACAAAAGAAAAAGCGGUUUUAUAUGGUGAAUAAAAAGUUUUAUCUGGAGCUUCGUUUUAGGCAUAUGCAAUUUUUCCACCUUUUUUCCUCUUAAUUUCUAUGCUGUGGGCAGAGCUAAUGUUGUUUUGUAUCUACUAACUGCUUCAUUGUUGUUUUUAAAUGCGGUAAUGAAGUAGGUUGUGGUGCCUUCGGUUAUUGUUGCCUAAGUUGCAAGCUGGUAAUUCCCUAUUUGAAGUGGAAACAUGUUACAGUACUGUGAAUCAUGGAAAGUACCUUUAUAACAUCUUCACGUUCAAAGGAGAUACCAUAUUGCGAUGUGUGUUAUGUGUUUCCUACCUUACUUUAUAACUGGUAUUUGAACAUGAAAUGGAUAAUUUUGCCAAGAACAUGCAGGGUCUGAAACCUUAAACUCCAAGGUCUAUGUCGUGUUACAGUACAUUUAGCAUUUCCCCCCUCCCUUUGAAAAGGGGUCAUGCUGGUAUUUGUAUUUCAUGUUUAAAACAAUGCCUUGAGUGUUCAAUCAUAUUUCAUUUUUGGAUCUCUUUGUUCAGGGUAGACAUUUGUAUUGCAAGGAAAAGGACCAAACAGGCUUGGCUGAUGAGAUAGUAGGACUUGGAGAUCUUGGCCCAAGGUGGAAAGAAGCUUUGCCUCUGUUCAAGGAGAGAUCUUUUAAACCUCGGCCAUUUUGCUUCGUCCUAGGACUCUCAUCAAGGCUUCUUUGACAUCUUUAUUGCGCAGGCUGUAUAUGAUCGGGUUUAUCAUGGGGUUGAUGAUAGUAUAGAAGACCGAGAUGGCCUUGUCCUCUUCUGGCGUGCGCUGCCCCUUCGACCGCAUGUACAUGAGCAUGGCAGUCGUGUAGAAGAUAGUCACCACUGUCAGGUGCGCUGAGCAGGUGGAGAAAGCUUUCUGCCUGCUGUCGGCAGAGGCGAGUCGCAGUAUGGCAAUAAUGAUGCGUACAUAAGAGAGCACGAUCAAGAGAAAGGGGAUGAUCUCCGUCGCUAUGCCCCCCAGGUACAUUGCACUCUCGCUCACAGAGGUGUCAGCGCACACCAGCUGAAGCAUGGCUGGGACUUCACAGAAAUAGUGGUCAAUGACGUUGGAGCCACAGAGAGGGAGCUUCAGGACAAAGAGUGGAACCACCGACCCCAGGAAGGUGCUGAGCCAAGACCCAGCAGCCAUGCCGAUACAAACCGAUUUGUUCAUUAGAACAGAGUAGCGCAACGGGUGGCAGAUGGCGACGUAUCGGUCGAUCGCCAUCACAGCAAGGAAGAUACAUUCUGCCGCCCCUAGGAACAGCGUGAUAUACAUCUGAGCCUCGCACAACUCGGCUGAGAUGGACUUCCUUGUCACCAGGAAGUUCAUGAGCAUUUUGGGGACAACAGCCGAAGUGCAAAUGAUAUUCAAGACUGCCAGGUUGCAGAGGAAGAAGUACAUGGGCAUUUGAAGGUGGGGAUCCAGGCUGGUCAAAGUGAUUACAGCAAUGUUUCCAAUCAGAGUUACGGUGUAGAUCACGAGGAAUAUAAUGAAGAGGAAGACUUCGGCCAGUGGGGAGAGAGGGAACCCCAAGAGAACAAAUUCUGUGAUGAUGGUCAGGUUUUCCAUUUACAUACUUUUCUGUAGGAAGAACCAUAGUGGUUUAGUGGUCAAAAGUACAAGAACUCAUCUUGACAGCCCAUAUAGCUUUGCCCAUGAAGAGAGUCUAUACACACUCGCAUCCCAAAGCAGCAAUAGAUAGCGUAAUACCCAGUUGAUUAGGAGCGGCAUGUCUGCAAUCCAAUGAAAAGAUACCUAGUCAUUUCCGUCAAUCUCCUUUCUGACUUCUCAAAACGUGUUGCGAUCUUAACCCUGCUGAAAUGCCACCUUCAGCUUUCAAUUAGAAAUGGAAACACUAUUGUUGCAAAUAAGUGUGUGCAUUUAAACUGCUGUCAAUGGGAAAAAGAAAAGGAGAACCCUACCACUUUUAUUUUCCUCAUUCUCUGACUACCUCUCUUCCGAUGUUGCUGAACUACUGUUUCCAUCAUCCCUGACCAUUGGCCAGGCUGGCUGGGAAUGAUGGGAGUCGGAGUCCAACAACACAAGUUGCCAACAUCUGCCCUACAUGCUGUGUCAGACCGGACAACCCACUGCUGUUUCUUUCAACUGGGUCUGCUCCCCCUGCUGUUUGAGAUCCUUUUUAACAGGAGAUGGUGGAGAUUGUACCUGUGUCCUUCUGUCUCAGAGCUCUGUAGCCCCCUGUUAUGUCAAGAUGGGAUGCAUCAUUUAACUUGCACCGGCAGUAGAUUACAGAAGUGUUUUGUCCCCCAAUCACUCACCUUUUAAAUUUGUUUUAAAAUAAAUGUGUUUCUUUUUU